AUGCCAUCUGCUCAACUACCUUCAACACCGCGCGCCUCAAGCUCAUCUGAACCAUCUUAUUCACCUACUGCCAGAAGUACCACCAUGAAUGCAGACGACGGUGAUGACCGUCGCUCGUCGACUCCGAUCGUGUCUUCGAAUCAGGCCAACGAAAAAGACAAACCACGCCUGACAGAGCAAGAAAAGAAAAGCAACCACAUCGCGUCGGAGCAGAAACGACGUGCCGCUAUUCGAGAGGGGUUUGAUCGGUUAACCGAAUUGGUCCCGGGUCUAGAAGGCCAAGGUCGGAGUGAAAGCAUCGUGCUGAACAAGACGGUAGAAUUCAUGCGUCUAAAACUACGGGAGCGGCAAGAGCUCAUCGCUGAGGUCGAAGGCAGAGGCGGUCGCAUCGACGAGACGCUUCGACCACAAAAUAAAAUGUCCGAAAAACAACCCCUCACAUCUGGCGUGGACUCCCCUCCCGCCUACGAAGCAGCACCACCAACCCGCACCCCUCUACCACGCCCACCACCCCUCUCCCUCCCUUUCCUCAACGAUCUCCGCAACAGGCGCGUAAUCCUCGCCUCUGCCUCUCCGCGUCGCCGCCAAAUCAUGUCCCUCCUGGGCCUCCCCAACAUCGAAAUCAUCCCCUCCAACACCCCCGAAGACUUCCCAAAGACCCUCCAACCAUUCGAAUACGUGCUAGCCACGGCCUCGAAAAAAGCACAUGCAGUGUACGAGCAGGAAAUCUCGAACGAAGAAAAGGGUGAACCAGGGUUGAUCCUCGCCGCGGAUACAAUCGUUGUUGAUAGUUCCAGCGGCGCAAUCCUCGAGAAACCGCAUUCCGAAGCUGGCCAUAUCGCCAUGCUCAAGGCGCUACGCAACGCACGAAAUCAUAAAGUGUACACCGCUAUCGCAGCAAUGGCACCACUGGCUAGUGCGCGGGACCCCGGUUACGCUGUUGAAACUGCGAUUGAGGAGACGACGGUGAAGUUUGACGCGGGUGUUACGGAUGAGUUGAUAUUGGCGUAUGUACGGACAAGGGAGGGGGUUGACAAGGCGGGGGGGUAUGGGAUUCAGGGUCUGGGGAGUAUACUCGUGGAGGGGAUUGAGGGGAGUUAUGAUAAUGUGGUUGGGUUGCCGUUGAAGACUACGUUGGGGAUCAUUGAGAAGGUUAUGGCGAGAGCGGACGAUGAUGAUCGGUUGGCUGGAGAGGAAGGGGAUGAGGAGGGAAGUGAGUUGGAGGAAGAGGAGUAA